AUGCGGCGCGCGUUGGAGCGACGAGCGAAGGCGCAGACCAGGGCGGCGUUGAAGGCGCAGGCGGCGGAGGCGAAGACGAAGGCGAAAAUCGUCGAGCUCGAGGCGGAAAACGAAGCGUUGCGCGAGAACGAAACGAAAUUGAAGGUUAAAGUGCGCGAUCUCGGGGCGACGUUGAAGUCGAUACAGCGCACGCGAGGUGGCGCGGCGAUCGCGGCGGCGCCGGUCGUCGGCCGCCGCGUCGUCGCGUCGCCGCCGCGACGCUCCUUCGUCGACGCCGGGGACGAAAUGCUCGAUGAAAUCGACGCGAGAUUGCACUCGCUGCAGACAUUUCUGGCGCGCGCGAAGGACACGAAAUGA